UAAAUAAAUAUUGAAGCCCUAAAUGUUAAUUCCCUUUAAUACGUAAUAAAUAUAGCCUAGUUAUUGAGUGAUGUCGCAUUGGAACGGCACUUCCGAAUCCGGAAUACUAAGAAAAAAUUAUCCUUCCGAAAAUCAUGAGGAACUUUUAGUGUUUGGUUACGCCUGCAAGCUCUUCAGAGACGAUGAGAAAGCCCUGUACAUCGACCAAGGCAAGCAUUUGAUACCUUGGAUGGCCGAUGAAAAACUCAAAAUUGAUAGGUAUGAUGGACGAGGCGCUCUAUCGGAUUUACUCAAAUACGAGGCUAGUCGAGAGGGCUACGAUGCUACGAGGUGGUUGGGUUUAAGUGAAAAAGACAGAAAUGUCGAAGAACUAUGUGACAAAGAACGAUAUUAUUCAUUAAUAAUCAACGAAGAAGAGGAACAGAUGUAUAAAGAAGAGGAAAUUAAAAGAAAAACCACUAACGCUAUCCAAUACAAUUACGAUGUACCUCAAAAUCCCGAACUCAAACAGGAUGAAAUUCCAACAGUGCCUGAAGCCGAAGAAGAAUAUAUUCCCCCGCCUGUUCUGGACGUUCCCGUAGAUAUCGAAAAGCCCAAAACGGUGAAAGAAAACGCCAGGAUCGAGAAAACAGCUCUGUUCGUUUGCAAACAAGGUCCCCAAAUGGAAAUUCUCAUCAAAGCCAAGCAAUCGAACAAUCCACAAUUCGGGUUUCUGAAUCAAGACAAUAGUCUGUACAAAUUCUACAGGCACGUUUUGGUCGCUUUCAAAAACGGUAGAUAUCAAGGAUACGAGGCGCACACCAAAAGUAAUACUGAAAAUCAAAUGGAUCCGUCAGAUCAAGACUCCGGUACACACUAUUUGCAUCCAAGUCUGAGCUCUUCAUCGUCAUCCGAACCGGCGGCUUUCACUGCCAUUACCAUACCGCAGAUACCUUACAAGCCGUCGGUGAACUGCGCUUACAGUCAACUAGUCAACCGCAUCCAAGGCAACCACCCCGACGCCGCCCCCGACGCCGAAAAGGUCCCCGAUUACUCGCAGAUGACCUACGAACAACAGCAGUACUACCAGUACUACUACGUGCAGCAGUAUUUCGAGUACUACAAGCAGUUGACGCUGUUCCAGCAAGGACAAGGCGGUAAUCCGGGCCAGUUCAAUCCGCCGAGCGAUUUCCGCAACCUGGACCCCUCUCUCCAGCACUACAUCCAGCAAGUGGCCUACAACCAGUACCUGAAGCACCACCAGCAGUCCAACGACAAUUCGUACGCGCGCAUCGUCUCCAACGUCAACAAGGAUUCGAAUCCGUACGCCGCCAACGUGCCCCAAUUGCCCCAAACGCAGCCGCAGCAGCCGCAGCCGCCGCCUCAGGCGGUCGAGGCCGCCUCCAAGCCGGCGGCGGACGAGCGAACGGUGACGAUCGUCGGCGGGGAGAAGGGCGACGCGGCCGUCGGGCAGCCGCUUCUGUCGCUCGCCGCUUACGGUUCGGGCAGCGAGGACGAGGACGAGGAGGAGGUGCGCUCCGUGACCGUCGUGACCGUCCCCGCGGGGGAGGUGCGCAUCGUUAUCGAUAAAUUGGCGGCGCACGUCGCCAAGAACGGGGAGCAGUUCGAGGAGAUUCUCAAAUCGAAGAACGAUCCGAGGUUCGAAUUUCUGAACGAGUCGAACGAGUUCCACAAUUAUUACAAACAGAAAUUGAGCGAAUUGAAAGGGGGAGCUGCCGAAAACGGCACUCAAACCGACGAAAGUAAAUCGAAAACCAGCGACGAUGGGAAGGAAAAUAAGAAGAUUAAAAAGGAAAAGAAAGCGAUAGCUCCGGUGUGUUUUUCGAUAAAGAAACCGAAAGACGAGCCGCCCAAAGAGAUAAAAAGCGCCUUACCGGUGGAAGAAAGCGAUGACGAAGAAGAAGCACCGGCGACACCGGCUCUUAACGCUACCUUCGCAUCUGUAGCAGCGCAAUCUCCGAAAACAGCGACUGAAAAUCCGAAAGAAGCGGUUCAGGAACCGCCGGAAGAAGUUAUAAUCGAGAAAAUUGAAUCUGCCGAAGCGGAAACUAACGACAAAACGAACGUAGACGACGAUCCCAUUUUGGAGAUGAUCGAACUUACCGAGGAGACUGAAGACAAAAAGGACGCAAAACGAGCCGAAGAUAAGAUCAAGGAUAAGCUCGCGGCGGCGGCAAGGGAGAAAUUGGCCUCGGUUUCGAGAGAUAGGGCGCUUCAGAUGGAGAGGAAAAAGCGGGCGGCGGCGUUUUUGAAAUUGAAAACCUCCCAUUCGGAUCGACAGGUGGAACUCGUGGGGUCGGGCGCGUCCGAUAAAUCGUCGCCCUUGCGCAGGGCUUCCAUAGAAGUGAUAGAAAUCGAUUCCGAAGAUUCCUCUCCGAAGAAAAAGAAGCACAAACGCAGACGGGACGGCGACAGGUCGCGGAGUAGGUCCAGGGAGAGGGAUAGAGAUAGGAGGAGGGAGAGGAGGAAGGAUAAGGACAGGAAGAGGAGUUUCAGUAGCGAAGAGGAGGAAAACAGGAGGAAAGAAAAAAGGAAAAAAUACAAAAGAGAUCAUUCGAGAGGGCGACACGAUUCGAAGAGUAAAAGGAAAUCGAAGAAACACCGGAGAAGAUCGGAAUCUGUAAGUUCGGAUAGCGCCGAUAUAGUUUUAUGACAACAAAAGUAUCGUUAUUAAAAAAAUCAUUGUCAAAUAUUGUGUAUAUAGGCUGUUUAUGCCGUUUGUAUUUGUAAUAUUGGUUUACUAAAUUGAUCUUCAUAUAUUU